AUGUCGCCACUACUUACCAAGAGACGUUCACGGCCAUUGCUCGCCGUUCCUCUGUCGGCGUCGUCGCGGGGUUCCGGCGAGCAACAGCAGCAGCAGCAGCAGCAGCAGCAGUUGCCGUCAUACACCCGCACGGCCGCCACUUUCGCCCCCCACGGCGGAGACAUGGAUCGGGAGCUUCCCCCACCCUUCUCUGACUUCCCCGAAUCCUAUCUGAUCAAGAACGAUGUCGUUGAUAGGCUCGUCUCCCCAGACUCUCUCGCCUCGCACCUGCGUGUGCUCGGUGCGUUCCACAAGCUGCGCCAAGUCGUUGAGGCGUGUGAUAUCGGCAUUGUCGCCCCACUUGUGCCCGAAGCGCGCUACGGCGUCUUUGUUGCCAUCGCCGUACAUCGCCUCGAGCUCUUUGUCGAGAAAGUAAUUGCUCACCCCGACGUCGGCUACGGAGUUCCUCCCCUUGAUGUGGCCCUCGUCUUGCAUUCGUACAGUCUCAACCCAAGGUGAGUCCCACGCCGGGACCCAGCUGCACGAUCACGUGAUAGCCGACCGCUCUACUUACGUUCAUGUGUGCUGUCUCAAUUGCUUGCCUGAACUGAACCAAACAGAUGCUUCCAAGAAGACAUGUACCGUCUUCACCCCCAGUUGGGAAAGCUGGAGCCCGCCUUUUGGGACCGAUACGUGAGCCCACCUUCAGGGCGCGGGUACGGCGCGGGUACGUUGUCCACGUGGGAGCGAGUCUCGAGUUGAGUUUCUCCUCUCGCGCCAUCCACAGGCCCGGACGAUCGAGGACGAUUUGUUGACGCUCAACGCUACAAGCGAAGAGAAGGAGCAAUGGGUGACCCUCACCGGUACCCCCUUUGAUCCCUUCGAGGCCUUGUACACCGCCCAAGGUCGCUACGUCCGGGACCCGUGGAAGCCGGAGAAGCCCGUCUUCGCGCCUUGGGUGACGGACGACGGAAAAGGCUACGCCCAGCAAGGAUUCACGAUUCGAGGUUCACGCAAGGAUAUAACACACGAAGUUCUCGGAGUUGCUCGCUUGGCUGAGGACCUCGCCAAGAUUUUCAGUGGGGCCGAAGGGUCGUACAUCGCCAGCACCGUCUUCUCGUCGGCCGAACGAGGUCUGCACGAACCUGAUCUCACCCGCGCCCAUCGGUUUGUGUACUUGCUUCGCACUCGACUGCUGAUGAGGAAGGUCGUCCCCGAUCCGACCCCACUCGGUGUCGGCGAGCUGUUCAAGCACUCCUUCGCCACCGCACGGGCAACGCUUAGGUACCACCUCACUCGUAUGCAGCCCAAAGGGUGAGUUUCUUGAAGGCCGUGGCCAUAACCCUUGGUUACCCAGUUCUGACUUCUACCCUUCUGUAUCAGCGCCAAGAUGAUCACGCUCGCCUACGCGCGAGGUGAAAAUUUCUCGCUCGAUCUGACCUCUGCAGUCUUGCGUCAAGGCACGUUUGUAACCAAGAUGCACGACCUCGGUUGGACUCAAGCCGCGUUCCCCAGUACUCACCAAGUCGUAUUGCAACGCUGCGUCGCUCGCUACCACGCUUUCUUGGACUUGAUGGCUUCUUCGCCGUCUAGCUUCUUCGUGCCGACCUUGGAUAUCGAUCUAGCUUGGCACACCCAUCAGCUGUCGCCUACUCGUAAGUUGGUAGCAUCACUGGGGUCAUACUCGGCCUAAUUGGCCUUCCCUUAAUCGCCGCAGACUACCGACGCGACACGAUCAGCCAUGUUGGACGCUUCAUCGACCACGACGACAAGGUCGAAGAGAACACCCUUUCGAACGCCUUCGACCUCACCGCAAACGCUUGGCAAGCUCGAUUCGGCGUGCCCUACUCUAUUUGCGGAUGCCCUCUACCCUCCGAAGGAACACUUCAGAAGCUUAAUACCAAAGUGUUCGGUUCGAACGGGAAGAAGAGAAAGGGCUACACAUCGACGGUCAUUCUCGGAUUGACUUCGUCGACCCUCGACGCAGAUGCGACUCACCCUUCGGAACACAACUCGAUUCACAUCGUCGGUCACCAUAGAGCCGAAAAGCUCCGAUCCAAGCGCAAGAGGGAGCUCGAAAGUCGUAAACAGAGGGACAUGCGACGCGGGAUCAAAGGCAAGAUGGACCCUUAUGUGCUCGAACGACAGAGGGCCCAUAACGCGGCUUAUCUUGCCCCUUUCGCUUCCAUGCCUUAUUAUGGAUUCUAUGGAUACCCAGUCGGAGCAGGCGCUUGUGCGGCAACGACGGGUGGGGUGAUCUUGGGAGGUCCGGGAACUGCAGGGGGCGGUACGGCAUGCGCUGCCGGCGGUGGUGGGAUCGGAGCGGCAUGCGCUGCCGGCGGUGGUGGAAUCGGAGCGGCGUGCGGCGGUGGCGCAGGUAUGGGUGCAAGUUGUGGUGGUGGAACGGGGGCUUGCGGUGGAGGAGGGGGUGGUGGCGGGUGUGGCGGCGGAGGAGGAGGCGGAGGUUGUGGUGGUGGUGGUGGUGGAGGUGGUGGUGGCUGCGGGGGUGGAGGCGGUGGCAACUGA